AUGCCCCAGGGCAGGCACUGCCCUGGGGCAUCCUUUCUUUGCCCUGGGGCAUCCUUUCUUUGCCCUGGGGCAUCCUUUCUUUGCCCUGGGGCNAGUAUCCCCCAAGGAUCACCGCUGUCACUGAUGCUAUACCUCUUCUUCAACGCCGACCUUAUCGAAGACUGCCAAGACCCAAAUCUUAACGCAGAAGCGGUGGGCUGGGUAGAUGAUGGGAACAUCAUCACCUGGGGAGCCACGACUGAGGAAAACUGCAGAAACCUCGAGGCCACCUACGAAAAGUGCAAAGCAUGGGAGACAAAGCAUGCGUCCAAGUUCAACCCCUCCAAAUUCAGCCUCAUCCACCUACCCAGCGCAUACAUGAAGAACAUAAACAUGGACAGCCCUGUCCAGCUGGACGGCCAAAAGGUGAAGCCAGUGACUAAGUGCCGAAUUCUCGGACUCAUCCUAGACAGCAAACUCAGUUGGGACAGUCACAUUGAAUGUAUCGAAGCCAAGACAACAAGAUCCCUGGGAGCCCUCGGCAGCCUGGCAGGAUCAACCUGGGGUACCAGCUAUAAAGGACUGCGCCAGAUAUACCAAGCAACGAUCCUCCCCCAGAUCACGUACGCUGCGUCAAUCUGGUAUGCCCCGAUGAGCGCGGGGGUACAACACCGCCGAAGAGCCAUACGCAAGCUAGAGGCAGUCCAGAGAAAGGCGGCCAGGAUUAUUACUGGAGCAUACCGAACGGUCUCAGGGCCGGCACUAGACGUCGAAGCAUAUUUGCUGCCCCUCCAACUGCACCUGGACAAAAUCACCGCCGAGACAUACCUCCUAAUCCGAGCAUCACCCCUACACCAGACCCUACAACAGAUCCAGACCCAAGGACGAUGGAAGGGCUACCAGAAUGAUUGGAAGGACCUUCACAACCGCUGGGGACCACUCGAAAGACACAAACACCGCUGCGAAACAAUACUCGGGCCAGAAGCCAUCCACAGCUUGGAACAAAAACAGCCUUUUCUCACCCCGACUUGGUGGGAAGCCCCGAACACCUGGAUAGAGGAUAGUAUGGAAAGGGCAACAAACACACACGAUCGGAUCCUGGAGAGAAACUACAGUCUCGUCUUCUACACCGACGGGAGUGCAAUCAACGAGAAAGUGGGAGUGGCAAUUAUCCAACACAAUCCCAGGAAAACCCAGCAAGCGUUCCUAGGACGAAAGACCGAGGCAAACGUCUUCAUGGCAGAGCUUGUGGGAAUCCAGAUGGCGCUGGAGAUGGCCCAAUUCCUCGACAACCAGAAGGUGACGAUUUUCUCGGACAGUCAGGCCGCCAUUCAAGCGAUAGACGGGCCACACACCACGGGACAGCAGAUCAUCAGCUCGAUCAUCCAGGAAUGGGAUAAACUCCGGAGUCGGGGCGUCCAUGUAGCCAUACACUGGAUCCCGGCACAUCAAGGGAUCGAAGGCAAUGAACUAGCAGACAAGGCUGCGAAGGAAGCCACAGGAUGGAGACUCACGCGGAAUACCCGAGGACGAAACGUCCAAAUAGACACGGACUUUACAGCCCCAAGAUUGGAGGGCCUGAGACAACCCAUGUCUGCACUCAAGAGAAAGCUGAAAACACGAGCCUAUGAACAGUGGGAACGAAACUGGCACCAAGACACAAGAGGCCGCGCACUCUUCCAGAUCAUCAACACCCCGACCAAGAAAAACACAGAGAUCCACACCAAUCUAGACAAAGCGCUCUCAUCUAUAAUAACGCAAAUGAGGACGGGGCACAUAGGAUUAAGGCACUUCCUCUGUCAGAGGAAGGUCCCUGAAGUUGAGGACGGCCAGUGCCAGUGCCGGCGGGGGGAGCAGACCGUUGCACACAUCUUAUUCACCUGCCCCAGGUUUAAAGAUGAACGCAACGUGUGGCGGAACGAAGGCACAUGGUCGGCCAACCUGAAAAAGGUGCUCACUGAUGGAAAACAGGCGGCGCGAGCCGCCAGAUACAUGCUGGAAACCAAGCUCCUUGGGCAAUUUUGGAGCGUCGAUACGGAUAACUUAGCGGAGCACUGA